AUGUCUGACGAGGAUGUUGCUUGUGACUCGCGAACUGCAUCUGUUGGUUUAUUGCGGGCCCGCAACAAGGACACGUCCUCUGGGUCUCAAGGAACGUUUCCGAUACGAUCCGCUGACAAACGCCGUUCAAGGAAGAAUCACAGCCUAGAUAGUCGCGAGACUCAAGACUUUGUCCCGAAGGGUACUUUAUUUACCUCAACAUCGUUAGCAGUUUAUAGUGCUUCUAGUUCGAGCCCUGACACGAACACAGAGAACAGCUGUGACACUGCAUCUGCAGAUCAUGUCUCUUCACCCAUUUCGCGCCCCCUGUCACGAGGAGGAGCACCCUCAAUGAAUUGGAACAAGCUCAGUAAAGGGACGGUCAGGACCGCCCUUCGUGGGCGCCGUCAAACAGAAGCCGCCAGCGCAGCUGCUACAUCUUCAUUUGAGACUGUUAAUGGGAAAUACUGGCGUAAUCGAAGUACAUCUACUUCAUCCAGAGGGAGUGGUGAUCAGAGUCAUCGAAUGCGGAACCAAGACCAAAGCGAUUCGAAACAUGGUGUUUCUUGGAGUAAGCUUCAAGCUGAAACAAGCAGAGACCAAACGACUUACUCCGCAGAGUUCUCUGAUAUGGAGUCUGGCGAGGACACACAUGAAGAUAAUGAUAUCGUUCUCAACCUGAGCGGCUCAGCCAAAGUAGAUGCGGCUCAGGAGGCGAGAGGUUGGACUUCGGAUGUCCAGGGAAAUGACCUGCCUCGUGAAGAUAGCAGUGUGCUGGGAGCUCGAUAUCCUAAUGGAGAGGGAUUCGGCGAAACUAUUGGCUCCGAAAUAAAUGUCAAGGUUGGAGACAGAAUCUUAGUAACUCCUCUUCACGCUGAAGCCAGCGAGGAGAAAACCCCAUCUGAAGCCCCAAAGGCUGAGGCGAUCCGGUCAUUUCGUGCCAGAUACCAUUCAGACCCUAUUACACUUGCUGAUCUCACUCGCGAUGAUCUGGAGAUUCAGGCUAGGUAUAUAUUUUUUGAUAUGCCGCCAGAGAACCUUGACCUUAGGUUACCAGUAAGGUGCACCGAAUGCAUGAAGGAAGGCCACCUGGCAGACAUUUGCCCGAGUAAAGAGUGUGAACAUUGCGGAACAUGGUCUGUUCAUGAAAGCCGUUUUUGUCCUUCUUGGCGGAGAUGCCAGCGUUGCAGGGAACGUGGUCAUGACGCAGUAUAUUGUCAUUCCCCUCUCAAAGGAUCCGCUACAGAACAGCCAUGUGAUUUUUGCGGCUCUAAGGAGCACACUGAGGACGACUGUGACUUGCUUUGGAAGUUGCCUAAACGAACUCCAACCUCUGGCCGCAUAUUUAUCUCUAUAUCUUGUUGCUACUGCACAAGUAAUCGCCAUUUGAUUGGGGAUUGCCCCAUGCGCGACUACCCAAUGAACUCAUCAUCUUUCAGCCUUAAACAUUAUGAUCCGUCUAUGUUUUCCAACCUGAACUCUUUCCAUGAUGUCAUUUAUGGCAGGGGAAAUAAAAACCAGGGUUCGUCUGGGCACAAGGUUAGAGGCCGUGCUGACGGGUGGUCACCGUCACCUGAAAGUGAUGGAGCUUUCGGACGGUCGGAUAAUUGGAACCCCUUAACCCGCUCCCCACAACGCGGUCGCAUUCGUUUCAGCAAUGGAAUUGGACGCGGGAGGAAUCUUGAUGAUGAUACGCGACGUCCCCAAGUUUCCGGAAACGGUUCAUAUAACACCAAUGAUUAUCGCCGUGGAUAUAGAGACAGGGAUCAGUAUCACGAUAGCAGUACACGCCAACGCUCUCUCUCGCCUAAUCGAUCCUUACCACGACAGAUGUGCCGGAAGAGUAAUUGGCAUUCAAGGGAUAGAUCUCACUCUCUGUCGCCGCCAAGGUCCCCGCCACGCCCACGAGGGCCACCUCCUCAACAAACAGCUGGUCGUGGGAAGGGUAGAAGUGGUGGUGGUCCCCGAAGCCGGGGAAGAGGAGUCAAAGGCGGUUCAAAUAGGGAGACAUAUCGACACAUGCCUAGUACGGCUAAGAAGGCGUGGGAACAACAUAGAUUUUGA